AAUCAUAGCACUUAUUUUGCAUCCCCAAGGACUUUAUACAUAUUGUGUUGCUCCCCAAUUUGUUUUACAUUUCAGUGUGGCCCGUGGGUAAAAUAGUUUGGGCACCUCUGACUAGUGGCGUAACUAGUGUGAAAGCAGGGGAUGUGAUUGCAGCCAAACCCGCUCAAUAGUGAGCAUGGCAGAAGUUGAGGAAACUCUAAAGAGGAUCCAGUCCCACAAAGGAGUAAUUGGAACUAUAGUCGUGAAUGCAGAAGGAAUUCCAAUAAGAACAACAUUAGAUAACUCCACUACAGUGCAAUAUGCUGGUCUCCUGCACCAGCUGUCAAUGAAAGCCAAAAGCACAGUGAGAGAUAUUGACCCUCAAAAUGACUUAACUUUUCUCAGGAUUCGAUCAAAGAAGCAUGAGAUAAUGGUUGCUCCAGACAAAGAAUAUCUUUUGAUUGUCAUCCAGAAUCCAUCAGAAUAGGACACUAUGGAAACAUACACAAUUUUGAAACUGACCCUCACCCUUUGGAAAUAAUAGCAUUUUUAAGUUAUUUUGCAUGUACAGAAAUUGCUAUUGUAGUAUUUGAACAGUUCACUACAUGCAUGCAGUUGUUGAAUUGCUUACAAUGUGUAAUUACAGACGUUGCAUAUGAUACAAUGUUAAUAAAAUAUUUAUAGCCAUUGGA